UUUUAAAAACGAUAACGUCACACGUGUCCCGCCUUCCCUCCCGAGCACAGCACCUGAACACUCCAGAAGGAAGUUCCGCCUCGUGACGCGCCCAACGCCCUCGACUUCGCUGACACCUCGGACCAGCCUCGUCAGUCCUCCUUGACGUCGCCAUGAGCCAAGGGCAGAGAACCGCCGACGACGAAGAGGAUGAUCCUCCCGCGUACAAGCUCUUCGUGACGAACCUUCACAUCAAGACGAGGAUAGACCACAUCCUUCGAUAUGUCCGGCGGGCAACGGACGAGGACCCCUUGGCGGUGCAUCGGAUCGAGCCCCUGGAAGGACAGAACUUCGUGUCGUUCACGGUCACGUGCGAGCUGAAGCACAAGGACACGCUGCUGCGGAAGGAGGUGUGGCCGCUGUACGCGCGCGUCAGAAAAUUCUCAGAGAUGGAUUUAAGGCGCCCCGCACCCGCCCAACGCAACAUCCGCGAGCAGCGACUCCGCGACCAGUGGAAGUAACGUGGACCCUCGCCGUGUCUCCAGAGCUCUCUCCUCUUUUGGAUAUGUAUAUAUUUUGUACUCUAAGUGAUGUCUGACGCUAUUUCUUCUGAAGAUUUAUAGACUGUUCUGUUUGCAAGAGUCUAAAUACUCGUUGAUUUUAAAUCUGCAUUGUAUACUCAGAAUCGUUUCCAAAGGGAGAGCAUUUGACUAUUUUUAUAGGCUUAAGAAUGCUGUUGUUUGUAAAUCAUGAUAAGGAAUAUGUUAUGUACACGACUACUAUUGUUUAUAAAUCAUGACAAGAAAAGUAAAUGUUAUGUACACGGCCUAUUUUUUGUAAAUCAUGACAAGGAAAGUAAAUGUUAUGUACACGACCUAUUUUUGUAAAUCAUGACAAGGAAAGUAAAUGUUAUGUACACGAC